AUGAACCCAAGCAUCUCCAUUCCAGACCGUCUGCCGGUUUUGCCGCUUCCAUACCCGCUCGUUCUGCAUCCCAAUCUUCUGCUCUCCAUCAACAUAUCCUAUGCUCACUCUCUCAGCCUCCUCAAGGCCGCAUUGCAGUACUCUGCCCUCAAGGACGGCGUCGAGUCCAACAAUGACUCCUCUUCUCGAUCUCGUCAGGGCGGCAAGUCCAAGCUCGACUCAAACAAGCCCAUCAUCAUCGCCUGUGUCCCCACCAUGAUCGCGCCCAAAGGUACAGCAUCAGCAGACAAGCCCGCCUCUCGCGCCACCAACCCCGCCUUGCCUGCUGACCCCAACGCACGCAACGUCACCAGCCCCGAAGACAAUGAUACCCGCAUUCGCAUCAAUGACCUAUACGACUGGGGCUGUGCCGCUCGCCUAUUGCGCCUCGUUCGGAACCCGCAGACGCAGACAUGCACCCUUCUCGUCUCGGGUCUCACUCGUGUGCGCAUCGACCGAUGGCUCUCCAUUCGUGCCCCGCUCACUGCCACCACCAUCGACCCCAAGAGCAACCUCGCUGUUCCCGACGUGCCCAUCCCACUCGCCACCGCCACCGCCUUCGUAGACGAAGAGUCCUGGCCAACCUUCCCGGAAGCCUCGCCCGGCGACAUCGACCUCGUCGUCCGACUCAAGAAGGCUUCUGCCGAGCUCAUCGAUGCCAUCGGACAGCUCAAUCCGCCCGGUGACAGCAGCACCAACACACCCUCCCCCAUCGUCGGCCCGGCACUCCCUCUCCUUCCAGCAAGCCUCCUCAAGAAGCUUCGCGGAUUCAUGCAAGACUGUCGCGAAUCGCAAGCAGCACUCCUCGCCGAUAUCGUCGUCGGUACCCUCGGCGGUGCCUGCGAUUGGUCCGAGCGCGUCGCCAUCCUCGGCGACUGGGACCAGCGCGAGCGAGUCCGUCACUCGGUCGACGUCAUCCUGAACGGCGUCAAGCGUGUCAAGCUCGCACGAGAGCUCAUCGCUGCUCUCUCCUCUCCACUCAACCCUGGAAACAAGGAGACUGUCAUCCGCUCUCAGCUCGAAGCCUUGCUCAACCAGCUCGCUGCGCUCAACCAGGGUGUCGCCGCUCGUAUCUCGGCCAUCGCCUCCAACAAUGGCGACAAGGACGACGGAAAGUCAGGCAGAGGCAUCAUCAUCCGAGCACCUGCUUCGCGCAACAACCCCAACAACGAUACCGGAAACGGUCCCAUCAUCACUGGUCCUCUCGGUGGGCGUCGAGGACCCAAGCCCGGCAUGAAGGGCAUGCCGGGUGGAGGUCUUCCUGGAUCCAGUGGCGGCGAUGACGACGAGGAGGACGAAGUGGCCGAACUCGCAAAGAAGCUCGAGCAGGCUCGUCUCAGCCCUGAAGCGCGCAAAGCCUGCGACAAGGAGCUCAAGCGACUUUCGCGUAUCCCGCAGCAGAGCGUGGAGCGUGGCGUCGUCAUCACUUACCUCGAGAUCAUGGCUGAGCUGCCAUGGGAGCAGAUUAGCGCUGACGUCGAUCCCGCCCGUGACCCCAACGAGAAAGCCAUCGUCUUGCACGAGAAGAGCAACUCGGCUCCAGCACCUGAAGAAGGCAUCGUCGACCGUGCCCGACGCAUUCUCGACGCCGACCACUACGGUCUCGAGAAGGUAAAGAAGCGUCUCAUCGAGUACCUUGCCGUGCUCGAACUCAAGACCACUCAAGCUCGUGAGCGCUUUGAAGCCGAAGAGGCUGCCGAGCGCAGGACAAGUGAGGAGCGACGAAGAGCAUCGCCCUCGGCAUCGACCGAGGAAGCUAUGGGCGACGAUGAUGACUCUUCUCUCUCUGCCGAUGUCGAGGAUGGCGAGGAUCUCGUGGCAAGAGAGCAGGGCAUCACCAAGGAGGAGAUCGAGGAAGAGAAGCGUCGUCGUCGCAACGAGAAGCUGCGCGUGGGCGACAAGGGCCCCAUCUUGCUGCUUGUUGGUCCACCAGGCACGGGUAAGACGUCGAUUGCCAAGUCGCUCGCUUCCGCCCUCCAGCGUCCCUUCACUCGACUCUCGCUCGGCGGUGUCCGAGAUGAGGCCGAGAUCCGAGGUCAUCGUCGCACCUAUGUCGGAGCGAUGCCCGGCUCGAUCGUCUCGUCCCUGCGCAAGGUGGGCGUGUCUGACCCCGUCGUCCUGCUCGAUGAGGUCGACAAGCUCGGCAGUGGCAAUGGCCUGCACGGUGACCCGAUGGCUGCCAUGCUCGAAGUACUCGACCCCGAGCAGAACCACACCUUCAGUGACCACUACAUCAACGUGCCCAUCGACCUGAGCCGCGUUCUCUUCAUCGCGACGGCUAACUCGCUCGACACCAUCUCGCCUCCCUUGCUCGACCGUACCGAAGUGAUUCACAUCUCGGGCUACACGCACGACGAGAAGACGGCCAUCGCUCGACAGUACCUGCUGCCCAAGCAGAUCAAGGCGCAGGGUCUCGAGCCCGAUCAGGUGGUCGUGUCGGACGAGGUGCUGCUCAAGGUCGCCAUGGGGUACACGCGCGAGGCUGGUGUUCGUACGUUGGAGCGAGAGAUUGGCGCGCUGGCACGAGCUAAAGCGGUCGAGUACUCAAUGUACAAGAAGGGCACGCUGAAGGACGAUCAGGGCAACCCCAAGGACUAUGAUCCCGUCAUUCGCGAGGCUGACUUGGAGAAGUACCUCGGACCUGACACCUACGAGCCAGAGGUGGCUGAGGCCAACGCACGUCCCGGUGUCUCGACAGGACUGGCAUAUCAAGGCUCUGGCUCAGGCGGCAUUCUGCACAUCGAGUCGUUGCUGCUUCCGCCAGGCAGCGGCUACCUCAAGCUGACUGGCUCGUUGGGAGACGUGAUCCGCGAGUCGGCCGAGCUGGCCUUCUCGUGGGUCAAAGGCAACGCCUUCCAGCUAGGGAUCGUCCCGAGCCGCGAUUCCGAAUUCCCCAAGAACGACAUCCAUCUCCACUUGCCCUCGGGUGCGAUUCCCAAGGACGGCCCCUCUGCCGGUGUCGCGAUGACGUGCGCACUGGUCAGCCUGUUCACCAAGACGCCCAUCUCGCCGUACCUCGCCAUGACGGGCGAGACGACGUUGCGCGGCGUUGUGAUGCCUGUCGGCGGCAUUCGGGAGAAGCUGACCGCGGCCUCUCGUGCUGGUAUCCGCAAGGUGCUGCUGCCCAUGCGCAAUCGCAAGGACGUCGAGGCGGACCUGCCCAAGAAGGUGCGCGACGAGCUCGAGAUCAAGUACGUCAAGACUGUGUGGGAGGCGAUGGAGGCAGCGUUUGGCAACAAGCUGUUUGAGAACGCUGCGCUCGCCCUUGAAGGUCACGAGCACGAGGGCAUCCGCGAAGGUCGCCGACUGAUGCACGAGAUAGAAGACUCUCGUCUGUGA